AACAUGUUCAUCCAAGCUUAGACGAAGAUGUUUCAAGGGCAUACGUUUGGGAGGCAUAACAGCUCGGCCAGGUAGCUCACACAGUCGCUGCCCAGAGAAAUGUAAAAUGGCCCCAACUUUGACGCCCCCACAUGUUGCAGCGAUGCGAGGAGUCCUGGCUUGUGUUAUUGGAGGUAUUGCAUUUGUUGUGUCCGCGCUUGGCGCGUGGGCGACCAAAGUGGAAAUCUCAAGCCGCUCCUUGCUCCUCGGCGCGGCGGGGACGGGAGCUGCAGCCGUUUUACUCAUGUCACUGCUACAUUACUGCUUUAUGCAAAGAGCAGACAACAAUGGCCCGGAGCAGCCCGGAGAGACUCCCAUGCUCAGUCCUUCACGCGAGGGGGUCGGUGAGCUGACGACUUCAACACGGAUGGACCGCGAGCCUGUCGAAACGAUGUCACUUCCGGCUACACCGAGCCCUCAAAGCGCUCAAGCUGCAGAACUAAUGACGGCAGCAGCAACAGCAGCAGCAACACCAGCCCUUCCUGGGCCUGACACCCCCGGGCCAAGCCCCGGGCCGGGCAACACGGUGACGCACUUGCGACAGGCGUCAUACGUCUCCGACGAGAAGUAUGCACUAGUCCGGCUCGCCCUUGGUGUUUGCGCUGCUGGCAGCGAAAAUCUAUCGCUGGUGUCCGAUUGGCGCUCGCGCAUAUUGGCCGAAUGGCUCCCGAGCAAUUUCCAGCUGCUCGCUGCCGUGCCCCGGCUUGUCCCCGAGGCUGUGCCUCGCAUGGCGGAGUUGGAGGAUGGGCAGCGUGCGGGGGAGGGAUUUGCGGCUGAGCUGGAGCUGGGGGCGCAUUUCGGGGAAGCAUAUAACGAGCGCGACCCCAGCCCAGACAUUGGCGUGCUGCUCUCCGUCCUGUGCAAGGUGGACAUCGACUCGGCAUGCGAGGGCCGGGGGGCAGAGGCCGGUGAAGGCGGCAUUAAGCAGAUGCUGCUCCAGCGACUCGGUGGCAGCGAGGCGCUGCCACGUCGCGUGGCGACCGCGCUGCUGGGCCGGGAGCUUGACACAGUGGCCGAUGACGGUCUCGUGGUCACGCUGCAGGCAGAUGAUGUGUUGUUCCUGGAGUACAUCUACACCUCCGCUGCUCAGACCUGGCUGCCGCUGCACUGCACACCCAAUGACCCACUGUGCCUGCCUCCCCCGCCUCCGCUGGGUGGCGCCGCCGGUGCGGGCCGCUACUGCGCCCUGGAGGUCUCCCUGGAGCCGUGUGUGCUGGUCAUGCCCUCGCCGCAGCCGUCGCCAGUCAACUCCUGCUCCGGAGGUGGUGCCAGCAGCGCUGCCAGCACGGACUGGGACGGUGGGGGCUGCACCUUGGCGAUGGUGUCGGUGUCGGUGGAGGAGUGGCGCAGCCCGCUGCUGGACGUGUGGCCGGAUGAGGUCAUGACGCAGGAGCCCAUCCGCCUGGAGGUGCACCUGCACAGCAGCAGCUGUGCCUUCUCCUCCAGCCCGGCCACAUCGGCCUCGGGCGGCGGCGGCGACGCGGCAGGCGCGGUGGCGGCCGCCGCCGCCGCGGCGCGCAUGUCGGGCCUGCCGACGGCGGAAGUGGCUACGCAGCCGCAGGAGGAGGAGGGCGCGGCAGAGGCGCGGAGGCAGGCGCUUGCGGACCCCAACAGCUGGGACCCAUCGUCGCCGUCGGCGGUGCAGCUGAUCCGCCGUCGUGGGGAUGUCGUGGUUCACAUGCCGGCGCGCCGCUGCCGCCACCAGCAGCACCUGGGCGCGCCCUGCCCGCAGCCCUAUGCGGGACUGCUCGUGGUCGAGGUGUGGCGCGGCACGGUCCUUUGUGGUGUGGGGCACGCGGUGCUGGUGGAGCAGGAGCAGGAGGACUGCCGCUCUAACUCAGCUCCAACGCCCGGAGCGCCACGCGCGCCCACGCCCCUGGUCUCGUGGGCCACGGAAGCUGCCGCUCUCGCAGCUGCCAUGCCAAACACGCCACCCGCCCUCACGUCACCGCUGGCGCCUUCACCACCCCCGCCACCACCGCCGCUACCCGCCCGGGUGGCUAGCAGCCGCGCCGCCGGCGCGCCGGGUGCGUGGUCGCCUAUUCGCCCCGACUCACCAACCAUUGGCCGCCGUGCCAGCGACCACAUGCGGCACGUGCCGCUGCGGGGUAUGGCCCUGGGCGGCAGCCCCGGUGGCCUGGGCGCGCGGGGCUCCUGGGAGUCAGUCUCCACGGAGGCCGGCUCCUUCGAGUACGCCACCGUGAGGGCGCCGCAAGCGGCGGCGGCGCGCAUCGCCCAGGACCCCAGAAGCCUGCUUCUCCAGGAUCUGGGUUUGUUCCUGGUGUACGCCACGGCGCACGCGGGCGACUCGCUCUCGCCGUCCUUCAUGGGCCAGCAGCUGCGCAGCCGCCUGCAGGUGCACGAAGCGCUGGUGCGCGCGGGCUGCCGUGUGUUGGACGCAGCGGUGGAGGCGGGCCUCCCCGCGCUGGCGGCCGCACUGCACCGCCGCCUGCGCGGCCUGGGCUGCAGCGACAAGCAGCUGCUCAUGGGCGGCGUGCAGCGCCCCGCGGGCCUGCCGCUGCUGCACCUGGCGCUGCUGUCCGGCUGCCAUGGCAUGGCACUGCUGGCGCUUGAGUGGUGUAAUGCCUCCAAGGGCGUCAAGGGCCUGACGAAGCCCGUCACCGUUGUCUUGCCUGCGGCCCCCGAUGCCGGUGCCGUGGCAGGUGCUUUUGCACGCAGCUCGUUGGAUGCCGCCGGCGCGCCGGGGGCCGGCAAGGCAGAGGCAUACAACCAAACUGUGGUUGACCCCCUGCAGCUAGCCCAGUCGCUGGGCCUGCACGAAGAGGUGUCGCAGCUGGGAUUCCACUUCCCCACUUUCAGCAGCCCUACCAACACGUACCGGCCGCUCUGUCACUGAAAUGUCAAGCGGCCAGCGCAGUGCGCUUGUCUCAUGAAUGUCAUGAUUGCCCGCGCGGUCGGACUAUGCUUUAGGCGUGCUGAACGGAUACUGACUGCACUCACGCGUCACUAGAAAUCACUAAUGGGAGGUUUGCCACAGUGGCACUCGUCCUGCAAUCAUCCUUGGAGGUGUGGUGCACGAAAUUUCAAUGACGCACACUUGCUACAUCCAACAAUCAGGCUUCAUUUGUUUGCGCUCCCAACUCACUCUUAGUCGCUAGUGUCACGUUUGGUACCAGUACUGGGGUAGCGGGAGGUUGGUUUGGGGCUGACACCCCGGCGCGUUGAGCGUUCGGAGGUAGCGUUAUAGUUUGGGCACACACCUCGAUUUGGCUUGACUGGUACGGCCCGGGGCAAAGCUGAGGGUCCAAAACGUGCUGGGUGCUGAGCAUGCACCACAUGCAGACGCAAUGCAUACCAAUAAAGGGCCGCGCACACCGUGUCAUUUGCAUACUUGUCUGAUGGUCACGUAGCGUUAGGGUAUUUAGCUUGAUUAUGUUCAUUGCAUUCACCUUUGAGCAUCUAUCAUACUGAGAAGUCAGGAGUGCUGUGUGGUUGCUCAAAGAUGCAGCCCUAACAUUCACGCCCUAACAUUCAACGAUGCAUGGAAGGGUGUUACGGUUGUUGAGGUGCAGGCGACGCUGGUACUACCUGUUGGCGUAAGCCGCUGUCUGGGAGAGCUCCUCAAACGAUCAGGCGCCAUACUGUAUGGUUGAUUAGUAGGCCCCGAUGGAAAGGGUUAUGGCAGUUGGCGGGUGGAAGCAUUACUUUUACGGAUGGCUAUCACGUUCAUUUCCCAGGGCCAGUAACACACACGCGCACACACACAUACACACACACACGCACAGGGCGGGCUGCGUUUUGUUGUUGUCUUGUAACACACAUACGCAUACGUCGCGUGCCCGUGUGGGGUCUUCAUCCUGUGCGGGUAUCCAAUAUCAAUCACGCCUCAAGUUAAAUGGCUGCCAGUAGGGUGCAAUCGUGGGGGGGUUUGCUUACUAAUAGAAUAGAUAAUGAUACCGAUGUUUCCCACGCGGGUUCCAUCUUGGCGGUCGGCUUGCCGUCUGUUGUUUGGGAUGAUGGUGCGUUGGAGGGGCCCGUCCGGCCACAUCUCUCCACCAGAGGGAAACCAGGGUACGCAACAAGUGCAGUGAGAUUUUUGAGUUGCCUGUCGCGCCCGGGACGUCCGCGCCGUGCAGCAUGGCAGCUGCUGGGACGAUGUUUUGUCAAUGCAGGGAACCGGCGCUGCAACAAGCGUCGGGGCCUGCCUGGUCGAUUACGGGAGUCAUGUAUGUACUUUUACGGUGUGUACCUGAUGGUCUAGUGCGCAUGUUCAACCCCGUGAGUACGAAGGGGCAUGACCUUAUUCCUCGCAAGGGCAGGGCUUUUGCAGCUACGGUAUGGCGUUGACCGCAUUUGGCUAUGCCUUGGGGAGUUGGGGAGCAAUGGCCGUACAUGGGGCCGAACGUGAAAGCCUCGGAUGCCCCCGGUCGGCUGGACAGUUGCAUUUCGCUAACGUUUGAGGACAUUGAGGAUGCGGAUUGGCCAUGGCAGGCCUUCGCCAAGGCAGGUGUGGACGUGCUAGGUUGCAGGUAGCGUUUCUCUUUGGGCUCAUGGCAUGGGUGCGGGGCGCCCCUGCUGGUCGGCCUGAACCUUUAUGUAAUGUCUCAAUCCUAGCUUUGAGUGUGGCUGUGACGGAAUGAACAGGAACAUUGCGGGUAGGGCAACCCCUUGAGGCCCCCACUCCUCGAUGGAACCCCUGGUAGCAGGUAUGGCCAGACUUGGUGCUUCAGGGACUUGGGCAGCAAGCCUUGCCUUCUUGACUGCCAGAACGCAGGAAACACAUGCUUGUCAUGGAAUUCCCGUUAUCCGAUGUGGCAGCUGCCUGCAGUAUGUCCGAUUGUCCUGUGAGUGGUGUUGGCUAGACCACAGGGCAUGGAACACUGCAACCCCUGCCAUACACGUGCACACGAGUGCCCAGUGGAAUCAAAGGCCGUCCACUGAUUCCACGACAAUCCAUUACUCC